GUUCCCUCCCGGAAGACAAUUACAGGCGAUGAGAUGGAAAAAGCACAUUGCUAUAAGGAUCAAUCAGCUCAUCGCCUCCUCUCAUCUUCGUUCCUAGUCCCCACCAUUCUCCCGGUCCUUCUGUUCCUUUCUCGGACGCCCACCGCCGAAAGACAAUAGCGCGUAGACGCGCAAUUUUAAAUGACUUCGCGCACCGUGGAACAGGCCUCUUCUUCUCAGCCCACCACCUUCAAUUCCACGGAAAUGCCCCGCUACAGGUCUGGUGCAUCGCGGUCUUCAUCUCCCCCUUCGAAGGCUUCCCACCCCAUCUCGACCGCGUCGCUGUUCACUGCACGGGCUUUCCCUCCGCCUUCGCUGGCUGGAGUGCCUGCCGAAUACAUCGCCCGGCAGCUGCGCGCCCUUGCGCCGCAGUAUUGGAAUAACACUGAAAGCGCUGAUUGCACCAUUGUUAUUCCUGUUCCCCAUGCGCCUGGGAGGAUGGGCUCCCCUGAUCUGCCGAUCUUCUCUAUGUCCAGUGACCCGACGCUCGGGCGACGGGCAACGGAGCCGGCACUGAACGCUGUUCCCCGCAUAUCUCUGAAGCUGCAUGUCGACUUUCUCUGUGCCCAUUCGACUUUCCUGCGAGGCUUGUUCAGUGGUUCCUCGUCCCUCGACCUCAUCGCCUCAUCCUGUCUGUCCGAAUCACCAGCGGCAUCACGCCCCAACGCGCGCGGCAAGUUCUCCGUGCCUGAAAACCGCCGGCCCCGCCUCAUGCCAUGCUCGCCCGACCAUCCGAUCCUGCUCCUCCCCGUGCCCGAUCCGACUAGCAUCCACCUCAUCGUGCACUGGAUGUACUUCGGGAACACUGUCCCUAUCGCCGAGGCGCUGAAGACCGGCUCGGUCGAGUGGGAGGGCCUCGCACGCAACGCCGAGUAUCUCGGCUUGCCUUCUGACAUCAAGGUGUUCCUGGGGAGGUGGUUCCAGAACUGGCUGAGGAUGCGGGCCAGUCGAAUUGACGAAGAGGGGGAGGAAGAUGGCUCUGACUCGGAGGACGGCGAUGAUGUCGACGCCGUGUACUACUCUGGUGACGAUUCCAGUGUUAAAGUUGAGCUCCGCACCAUGGAGGACACAGACUCGAAGCGAGGUCGUCCGCGGCCUCUGUCUAUUGGUUCGGCGCACAGCGUCUAGACUGCAUACAUCCAUGGCACAUUCCACACUCGCAUUGCGUUCGCAGCUCCGAAGUGCCGCGCGCUCUGUACACACAAUAAACAACACGCUCACUGUCGUGGUCAUUCGACUUAUCAUUAUCCAUUAUCGACGCGCCUCGAUCGAGCGCACCCCACUGUCCCUCGGAUUCGACUUCGAACUUUGCUCACUGCCAUUGGAAUCUGCUUUAAGCCAGAGUCCGUUUACUUAUUCGCGUAGCCAUGUAAUACCACCCUUCGUCUUUACCGGCGCUAACCCUAUGAUACAACUAGUAUAACCCUGAAAACAAUUCAACCAAGGAAACGUAGAUAUGAGAAUUUGCUUAUGUGAUGGGACAUCAUUCACGAGGCUCACUCUCUUUCCAUCUCUACCCGCUAUCCAGCAACAUUCCUACCCAUGAAGCCUUCCUCAGCCGCUUCAUCACGAGGUGCUUCAAGAGCUAACGCAAGCAGCAAACACAAGCCUCGAACCCAGAAUCCGAGCACAUGUACCACAGCCCUCAAACCGCUUGUCCUCGUCGACCGUCUCGCCCAACCUGACUCUCAAUCUAGUCUGGGUACGCAAAAGCCCCGGCGCUCUGUCCUCCGCGUCAUCAGCAUGAACACGGCCCAUGCCAAGCAAUCCAUCAAGAAAUCGAUGACCACUGAAGCUAAGGCUGCUGAAGCUACGGACGCCGAAUACGUGUUCGUGGACAGUCCCCGUCCGCGGAAAGCAAGCUCGCUGGUCGUCUCGCCGCAAGAUUCUCCGUGCCCUGCGCCCUCAGCUAAAGCCAAAUCCAUCCCGCCUGCCCGCCCACUGCUCAAGUCUGCGUUCCAGCAAGAGAACGUGUCGCCAGGCAAGCCCGGCUCUCUUGUUCGGCCGCACCGGCACUACUCUUGCUCGACUCCGAAUCUCGCUUCCUCGAAGAACGCUCCGGGCGUGAAACCCAAAUUGAAGCUGCAGCCGCAUCCGCUGGCUAAAAGCCGGCUGCGGAGUGAGAGCUCCAGCGUCACCCGCCGGCCACCCGUCAACAUCGCCCCGAAGAAGAAGAAAGAGGUAGUGAUCCAAACACAAGCGCCGACUACGACUGUGGAUCGUGGCGUGCAAACCGAAGCGCCGGAGAGCAGCAGUAGCGUCGGGUGCCAGACAACAGACCAGAGUGUCCAGUGGCAGCCGGGCGUCCUGUUCUCGAUCUCGCAGGACGAAGUCGUAGCGGCCAAGUCCUCCAAGUCUGCCAUCGACCUCAAGAAACUGAUCAUCAACAUGGGCGUGCUGGAUCACAUCGAGGGCGCGAGCGACGACAAGGACCGGCUGCUGGAUCUCUCUAUGCACGUCAGCGACGAGCUCGGCCAGAUUCUCGCUCAGCGGACGGCCUCGGACACUGGGAAUGGCGUCGUCGAACGUGUGCCGCUGGGUGCGCGAGAUCGGAAUGUUGGCAAACCAUCGCAGGAAGUGAAGCGCAUGAAGAUCGUCGUACCACCGGUCGAUUCGAGCAUUGAGCCGUCGAGGGAUCCAAAGAUCCGCUCGGAGCUGUUAGACUUGAGAGCGCAGGCCAGGGUGUCGUGGGUCAUGUCGUAGGCGAUGGUCCUGCGUGGUUUUCAUCGCAUCUUUUUUGUCCUCUGAUGUAUGUCAUCGAACUCGAAUGAGUGGCGUACAUGCAUGGUUAAUUACUUGAUCUUAUGGUGACGAAGUUAAAGCGAAGAUUAGUCGCGGGCACCGUAGAAUUAUAUUUACUUGAAAAACGGACAGAUUGGCCGAGAAAGACUGGAAGAAGCGAAA